AUUGUGAUACAAUCUGAAUGCUGAAGAAUUUUCUGCUCUAUAACCCGUGUAAUCUUCCCAUUUAACUUGCAAGUUCAACUUUGAUGCCAUUUUCACCGCAUCUCUUUGACGAUACUGUCGCGAAAUGUCGUAUAAAUCGGUCAUGACAUGGGUAUUCAUUUUGAAAGUGUUAAAAGUUUCCACAAAAGUGUUUGAGGACGAGUUAAACAUAAAUGAUAUUCUGCGCACGGACCUCAUGCCAACGUUUUUUAUGAUCGACGAAGACAGCAAACAAAAUGUAAGCGAUAUCUCAACGAGCAAACAAACGCCGUUCGUUAAUGGAUCGAUUGACGCGGCGUUGUCUACCCUCAAUUUUCAUAGAAAAAUGAUGAACGAAUAUCAGUGUAGGAACUACCUCGCAGAACAGAUACUAAGUGAAAUGGGCAAAAGUGUGCUACAGAAUCGGGUCGGUAAGCCGUACGACAGUGACCGUGGAAACAAUCUAUUUGCCCGCCGCUCUCAGGACGUACGAAGCAACUUCAUGUACGACCCCGGUUCGAUGAACUAUCAAGAAUGGUUGGCUAAGGUGAUGGCUCUGAACGAUGUAUACCAGCAUUACAACAGGUCUUUAACUCCACCUUACAACACUACACAGUCAGAACCCUCGAUAGAUCGUCCACAAUCCAGAGAAGGAUAUGAAGUGGUGGAAGGUGUUGAGAUGACGCUUGGAGAUUCCGAUGGACUUAUGUAUGAAGUUUCUAAACAUGGUGGUGGUUACGAGUACGGAAUGCCGCCGCCGCCGCCGCCGCUGUACCAGCACCCCUCCUCUCAUGACAUCCACGAGGAAUACGGCGUGGAGCGGGAGUCGCAUGGCUUGGGCAUUGCUGAUCUCUUCGAUAUAUCUCUCACUGGGAUCGCUUUCUUGUCUUUCGGCAUGUUUAUACUGCAAGUUCUUAUGUGCAUAACAAUGAACCAACAGCCGACUCAAGUAAUGCAAGUGGUAGACAAUACUGACACAGUCAACGUGGACGACGUUUUCCGAGUUAGGAGAGAAACUGAACCGCGUCGCCGAUCUGUUUCUACCCUCAACAGUCUGGCUCGUCACGCUUUAAUGGCUAUAAAACCUCAAUCCUUGGAAUGCCUGUACCGUACUUUAUGCUUGGGGAAUAAACAUGCAAGAAACAUUGGUGAUAGCAACAAAUAUUGGCUACCUUUGUGGCAUGCCGGUGUAGCAUGGAGUCGCGGCGGUGUGCUCGGUGCUUUGCGCGCGGCCGCCCUGGGGCUCGGCGAUGCGGAUUGCAACGAAAUAUAUCCUAAAAAACAAUGUAUUUAAUUUACGACUCGUACUCAUUACCUAAUGGUAAUAAUA